AUGACACUGCAAGCGGGCGAUCCACUGCCUGAGGGUGACCCUUAUGGCAUCAGCGUCUACCUCCCAACAUGGGAUGCCACAUUGGCAUGGGCUCAGCGACAUCCAGAUUUUGUCGCCAAGCUGAGAACGGCAUAUCCUCGAUUCUUUGUUGCGCGUGUAGUCUUGGAGUUGGCGGCCAAAAUACUAAAACAUGCAAAUCUCCCUUUUUCAGAACCACAACUUAUAAUCCUUACACCAUCGUAUCGCGCUGCGGAAUCUUGUCGAAGGUUCUUUGCAAAAGUCGGGAUUCCGAAUAGUCAAAUCAUAUGUGUUCAAUUCUCGGGUGAGAUCACGGUGGUGAAGGAGGAGGAUGUGGCAUCCGAUAGUACUCCAGACAAGCAACUGUACGCCGUAACAUAUCCCGAAAGUCGAGCAUCUGAAGGUAAAGCUUUUUGGCAACAUACGGGAGCUGGCGUUUCCGUUCGAACUACUGUUUACUGGUUGGAACAUGCGCCAUUCCUGGAGAACCGACAGAUCUUUGCAGAACAGUCUCCUACAAGACUGCCGCUUGAAGACGGAGAUAAAGCUGUGAUUAUGCUACGCGAGCGAAUUUCAGAAUCCGUGUCGACUUCAUCACUUCUGAUUCGCGUCGAUGAUGUGACAUGUUAUCCGACGGGUAUGUCGGCUAUCAGCAACACUUCGCUGGCUAUACGCAGUCUGUUUGAUAGGCAGGAUGGAAUUCAUAGAGUGGCAGUAUUUGGAUUCUUGUAUGUGGAUACAUUCAAAGUCCUAAGCAAAAUCCACAGUAUGGAAUGUAUCUUAUACGGCAACGGCACAAGCGAGGACUUGGAUGCUCUUGAAAAGGAUUUGAACAAUGGUCUAGUUAUCGACGCGUUGUAUACCGAAUUUCCUGGAAAUCCUCUACUACGAUCACCGGACUUGGAACGCCUGUACAAACUAUCUCGGAAACAUGGAUUCGUUGUGAUAGUAGACGAUACGGUUACCACCUCUGUCAACGUCGCGCUUUUUCCAUACUGCGACGUCAUUUGCAGUAGUCUAACCAAAAUGUUCAGCGGAGGUUGCAAUGUUAUGGGAGGAUCAACCGCCUUGAAUCCCCAAUCACCAUGGUACUCUAAAUUGAAACCCGCCAUUGCGAAGAACAAGCCGGAGCCAUACUUUUGCCUCGACGCAAUAGUCAUGGAAAAGAACAGUCGAGAUUUUACAGAUCGUGUCCAGAAAGCGAACACUAAUACUGAGAUGGUCGUUGAUAUGCUAAAGGGUCAUCCAACAGUGGACGAAGUAUUCUACCCCAAAGGUAGUUCGUCGCAGGAUCUUUAUAAUAAAUUUCGGAGAAGCGAGGGCGGAUACGGCUUUCUCGCCUCUAUAAGAUUCGUGACACCCGAGGCUGCGAUUGCGUUCCAUGAUGCAUUGGAUGUGGCCAAGGGCCCGAGUCUUGGGACCAAUUUCACCCUAUGCUGCGCGUAUACAUUGUUGGCACACUACUCAGAACUGGAUUGGGCGGCGGAAUACGGGGUGGUUGAGCAUCUGGUUCGGAUAAGCGUUGGGAUUGAGUGUGAGGACCUUCUCAGGAAUAUCUUUAAUAAAGCUCUUGCGGCUGCGGAAAAGGCUCUCACUGCUAUGAACGAUUCAUAA